CUAAAACGGUAAGAAAAAAAGACAGCUCGAAAGUAGAGGACUGCUGUCCCCACUUCUGAAACAUAUAGUGUCAAAGCAAGGCUGUUUCACUUUAUGCUUCAAGAUAAGGGGAGCACUGCUGGUUGAACUUGUGUGUGCAUCCUGGUUAUUGAGUCACUAAUCUUCACUCUCUCAUUCUGCUUACAUCGAAAAGUAUAUUUUGUUAACAUGAAAAAUAAUUGACUCCAUGAUGUGGAAGAAGAGUGGCAUACCAUGCAGAUGUGGGAUUAAGAGUUUGCCCAUGCAUCUGAUGAAGGUUUGACAACGAUCUUGUUCGUUAACAACCACUGAAUAAUGUAAGCUGGUCCCAUGUGGCAGAGACUUGAAUUACAUGCUACAAUUGCUUAUGCAUGUUUUAUCUUCUGCAUUAUCUAAUAUUACAGCUUCCCUGAUGAGCAUCGGUCUCUUCAUCACACCUGCUGCUGCUCAAAUCCCUCUGUGGAUCUUGAUUGGGUUUAAUUUUUGUUUAUCGUACCUACUGUCUCAAAAUGUAUCGGUAGACUUCCAGACUACUCCUAUCUUGCUACUGACAGUUAACCAACUCUGGAGAGCUAAAGUACACCAAAGAAGUUCCAGCAACAAUACUUCAAUGUGAUGAACAGCUAAAAAAGACUACAAUUUGCAAAAUAUUUCAUUCAAUAUAUGUUAAGUAUUGGAUUGCACAAAACAUCAUUUUUAAAGGAGCAACAAAAAUAAGUAAACUAAACAGGUACUGCAUCUGAUUUUACAGCGUAAGUGAUUUCACAGUGACAGCAGCUUUUUGUGGUGCCUGAUUUGUGAGCAGUCAUUUUUCUUGUAAAAGACUGUCUUAGAACUGUGUUUUGCAACACAGUAAAGAAAUAUUGCAAAACUGUAGAGAUGACUGAUAUGCUACAGCUUCCUGCUGUACAGAUUUCAUCUUCAGGAAAUGGCGCUGUGGCCUGGUCAAGAUCCUCGACACCAACACUUCGCAGAAAGCGUUUUAAAAUGAAACAUUGGAAGAAUGUUCAGAGUGAGAAAGAACAAAUGGUGAGCAACAUUUACUGUGGCCCAAUAACCAAAGAGUACCUACAGCUUCCUUCUAUUGAGAUUACUCCAUCAAGUGAUGAGGAUACUCCUUGGUCAAAUUGUUCAACACCAAGUGCUUCUCCACGCCGCAAACGCUUCCUGUUGAAGAAAUGGCUGAAGGUUCAUGAGAAAGGAGAAGCAAGUGAGACCAGCAGCCAGCAAAGCAGUCAACAAAGCAGCCAUGAUGAUGACUCGUCUCGGUUCCUGACUCCGUACAUACGAGAGGAAAGGUCAGACAGUGCUACUGACAGGUUUGGUACUGCCAGUAAUUCUGCUCGGAGCACCCCAGCCUGCUCACCCAUCCUGAGGAAGCGAUCAAGAUCCCCAACUCCUCAGAACCUAGAGGGUGAGACAAUGGUGGAGAAGGGCUCAGACCAUUCCUCAGACAAAUCACCUUCCACCCCCGAACAGGGUAUCCAACGGAGCUACUCUUCCCAGUCAGGUCGAAGCAGCAAGAACUCCAAGUCUCACAAGCGACUUUUGAAAUAUGAUCGGCUAAACCUGAUAAAAAAAAGCCAGAGCUGGUACAAUGUCUUGAGUCCAACAUAUAAACAACGGAAUGAGGAUUUCAGAAAACUCUUUAAGCAGCUGCCAGACACAGAACGACUCAUUGUUGAUUACUCAUGUGCCCUUCAAAGGGACAUCCUCCUGCAGGGGCGUCUCUACCUCUCCGAAAAUUGGAUCUGUUUCUAUAGCAACAUCUUCAGAUGGGAAACACUGCUCACUGUACGUCUUAAGGAUGUUUGCUCAAUGACAAAGGAGAAAACAGCUCGCCUCAUUCCUAAUGCUGUCCAAGUUUGCACUGACACUGAAAAGCACUUUUUUACUUCAUUUGGAGCCCGAGACAGAACCUACAUGAUGAUGUUCAGACUCUGGCAAAAUGCACUGCUUGAAAAGCCUCUUUGUCCUAAAGAGCUGUGGCACUUUGUUCAUCAGUGUUAUGGGAAUGAGCUUGGUCUAACCAGUGAUGAUGAAGAUUAUGUUCCUCCAGACGAUGACUUCAAUACAAUGGGGUUCAGUGAAGAAAUCCCAGUGGAAGAAGUAGAGGUGAAUGAUAAUGCAUCUAAAAGCAGCUUAGAAGUAAAGACAGAUGCCAGUCCACAGUUGCACAAGAAAUCAGUCACGACCAGCACAAUAACCUCCACAGGGAGCAAUGAAGCCCCUGCUUCAUUUGAUGGCAUUCCACCAGACGAGGAGAUUGACUGUCAGCCAGAAUGUGAAAUUGAAACCCCUCAGGCCAUUGAGAAGAAUGAAAUCAGUUUGCCAGUAAACACUCCUUCCCUGGACUUUAACGAUAAUGAGGACAUUCCAACAGAACUUAGUGAUUCCUCUGAAACACACGAUGAAGUGGGACUAACUACAGCUGAUUUUAAAAAACUGAAAACAGGAGAAGUACAAGCGUUUUAUGAUGAUCUCAAUGGCAGACAGUACAUUAAUGAGGUUUUCCAUGUCAGCGUGGACAAGCUGUAUGAUUUACUCUUCACUGACUCCCAAUUUCUACGAGAUUUCUUUGAGCAACGGAGAUUCACGGAUAUGGUUAGUCAUCCCUGGAAGAAAGAAGUAAGUGGCAAUCAGACCCGAGUGAUAUUGUACACCAUUGCUCUCUCAAACCCACUUGCACCAAAAACUGCCACAGUGACUGAGACCCAGACUUUGUACAAAGCCAGCCAGGAGAGUGAGUGUUAUGUGAUCGAUGCAGAGGUGAUUAUGCAUGACGUUCCAUAUCAUGACUAUUUCUACACAAUCAACAGAUACAGUCUUAUGCGGGUGGCAAAAAACAAAAGUAGACUGAGGAUAUCAACCGAACUGAAGUAUAGGAAACAGCCAUGGGGGUUAGUGAAAUCAUUCAUUGAGAAGAAUUUUUGGAGUGGUUUAGAUGACUACUUUAGACAUUUAGAUAUUGAACUUGCAAAAGUAGAAAAACAGUAUGCUGCUGAACUACACAGGCAAUCUCCAAAAGAGAAGCCUAACAAAUCAUCCACAAUUCGAAGGAGAAAACGGCCUCACAUGCAUGUGCGAAGCCAACACCUUGUUGAAACCGUCAGUCCUGUUACUACGCCGACUGACGACGAGGUAGCCCAGAGGAUUAAACAUGUGGCAGGUUCCACACAAACUAAGCAUAUCCCUGAAGAAAUUCCAGGAGGAAUUCAACUUUACAGUGUUUCCAAGUUAUUGCUCAUCAUAAGCUUUGUCUUGGUGUUAUUAGUAUUUCUGAAUAUGAUGCUAUUUUACAAGCUAUGGAUGCUGGAAUAUACAACACAGAGUCUCACUGCCUGGCAUGGGAUCAGGCUCCAGGAGAGCAAACUUCCCCAGUCACAGGUGGAAUGGGCCCAGUUAUUAGAGUCACAACAACGUUACCAUGAUGCUGAACUGCAGAAAUGGAAAGAGAUUUUAAAAUCAUCAGUGGUGCUUCUAGAUCAGAUGAGAGACUCGUUAGUAACUCUACAAAAAGGCAUCGGUUUGCGUGAUUACAGUUCUGAAACAGACAAACGAGAUCGGUUUCACUGAUGGGCAUUACCAAGGCCGAAGAGGGAAUAGUGUGCAAUAUAGUUAUGUAUAAAUUAUAUGAAUUAUAUAUAUAUUAUAUAUAUAAUAUAUAUUUCUCAUAUAUAUAUAUAUAGAAAUAUAUAUGUAUGUGUGUGUGUGUAUAUAUAUAUAUAUAUAUAGAAAUAUGUGUAUAUUUAAAAAAAGAACACUGGAAUCACAUGCUGAGUUGGACCUUCAGGACUGCUGCCCAGUCAGCAGAAUCACAGUUGACAAAAUCAAGAUCCUUUACUGAUUAGAAACUGUGGCAGAGUUAAAUCCUGACAGCACUGGAGCAUCAUGAGAAGACAACAGCCUCGCUAAUCUGACUACACACUCCUUUUAAAUCCUAGGAUGUUGUACUGUAAGCUUUAACAUGUAACAAAAGCAUAUAAUAAUUUGUGGGCUGUCUCUGUUGUGGAAGACGUAAAUUGAAAUUCCAUGUGCUCUGUGUUAAAGUAAGAUACUCGUCAAACACAAAUAGGAGCAAGAUGAGGAUUUUGAAACUACAGGUCAUUGUGCCUGCAAAAACACAAUUUAUUAUUAUUAACAGAUUGAUCAAAUGUAUUGAUUCUGGAUCAAUGAUGGACAAAGAAACUGUGAAUAUCUGUAUUGGUAAAACUUGAAGACAUUCUAAGUUACAAGUGACUUGCAGAUGUAUGGCAUGUAAGUCUGUCAGUUUUAGUUCUACAUAUAUACAGUAGAAAAUUGAAAACCUACAGAGAAGUAACUGGAAUCGUGAUGUGACUGACUUAGAUAUUUAUAUUAUUGUAUAUACAGACUAAACAAUCUAUCAUAGGCAGGUCACAGAAUGUAUAGAGCAAAAGCAUAUCUGUGUUCUGUAACUCUCAUUGCAGCAUGUCUAGAUGCUGCAAAUUGCUCACCUGAUGCUCAGAAUGCAUGUGUGGAACCUGACUGUGAGGCAUUCCAUGUUCUGUGUUAAAAAGAUAACAGUUUGCUGCAGAUAAAAGUGUCAUUUUCAGUACCAUUAAAGUACUGAGGGAAUUCCAGGGGAGUGCAAAGCUGAUGAGAUGUGUGUUGUCACGUUUAGCAAUGCUGCAGAAGUAUGCCAUGUUCAGCUUUUAUUUCUACAGUUGUAUCGUAGAAAAUUUUAAAAAACACAGAUUAGUACAGUUUUCUUCCUAUGUAUACAUAUGUUAAUAAUUUUGACUGUUUUAAUGAGAUUUAAAUUUCUCAACAGGAGUCCAUAGCUAUAAAUUAUUAAAAGGAGGAGUUAAGGAUUAAUCUUGAAUUUCCCUGUUGGAUUUAGCCAUAGGCCAAGCAGGAUCUUAUUGGAUUCAGUGGGAUUUUUAACUUGGAUGUCCUGGCACUUUGAAGAAGAGAAAACAUCCUUCUUGAUGACAUAGCACAUGGAAGAUACAAGGAUAUAACGUUUAAUAACCAAUGCUCAAUGCGAGUCGUUCAUGAGAACAGAGAUAAGUGUGAUAACAGGAGUGUUGUGCAGGAACACGCAUGCUGCUUGGUGGAAUAGGGCUAGAAAACUGAUAAAAUGAAGUGGCAACAACCAAGCACUUUAAUCCACCCAGGUCCCAGUAUCAUCUUUGAACUCAUAUGUGCUGACUCUUUAAAGAAACGUGGGUAGAUAAUUUGCAAUAAUAUGUACAAGAAUUAAAAAAGGUGUAGGACCUUGGAAAUGGAGGCUCAUCUGAUGCAAACUGUUUAGAACUAAACAAAUUAUCUCCUGUUCCCACAGUUCAAAAAAAUUAACAUUUAAAUAGUUUAUUUAUGACAUGUUAUUGCAUAAGGCUUGUCUGUGAGCUGACUGAAUCGGAAAGUAUGGUGCGUAGGUUGAUUGAUGCUGAAUUGCUUCUUUAUCUUGCUCCAAGAUUGACCAGCAUUGUUGAGCAUUCAUUUCAUUGGCUACUCUGGACUUGAUGUGUUUAAAGUAAUGUUGGAGGUAGCAGGGGAUUGAAUUCUGAUGUUUCAGAAACAAAAAAAGUGUUGUCAGGCUUCAGUGCAUUUUCAACAUGAAAUUUAUGAUAAGUUGGUUGCGCAGAUGUUCCCUCCCAGUAUUGUGGAUGCUUUAGUUUUAUUAGUCUUAUGGAAACCCAUGUUUCUAAGACUUGUAAUGAAUUCUGGAGGAAAAACAAUGUGCUUGAGAAUUUUCAAGGAAAUUAAACUUUAGUAACUUACUCCAUUAGCACAUCUUACUUGACCAUGUCCCUGCAUGGAUAAUUCCUAGGUUUAUAAUACAUCUGUCAACGUGUACUAUGUCUUUGCAGUCAGAUGCAAUAAGAUGUGAUACCAAAAUGAAGGUGCUUUAAUAUGAUUGAUAUGACCUCUUCUUAAAAAAAAUGCAUUUCUAAAAAGAGCAAAACUUUCUAUUAGCUCCAAAGUUUGUGUUGUCUAUCUGAAAUUAUUUAACAAUAUUUAAUAAAUUAAAAUGAGAUGUGUGUGAUCAUUGAGCCAGACACAUACCAGUACAUUGUAACAUAUUGACAGAAUAUUUCAUUGCAAUUCAUCCAUACGCCCACAAUAUAUUGUCUUCAGGACAGACCCAGCCUACAUCCCCCAAUCCACUUGAAUUGUGGGAAAUAGAUAGACAGAGUCAUGAUUAAUUCCAUUGUAGACUUUGGCUGUUUUGAUAAAUGUUGAAAAAUUUGAUCCAAUAGCAUCAUUAUUCUAUGAACAGAUCACCUUGAGAUUCAGCAUGCACCUUGCUUUUUUCUUGUGCACUGAAACCAUGUUUAAUGUGAAUGGUAGAAUCAAAUGGCAGAUCGUUUGCAGUAAAGUCACAAUUCGGACUUGAUGGGCUUUUAAUGUCAAUCCAUAUGCAGCAGUAUAAUAUUAAUAAGCAUAGGUUUUGCUUUUUGUACUAAAGUAAUUCUUUUAAAAUUCUAAACUCAUUGCUACAUUUUUGUGUUGCCUUUAAUACUUGAGACUAUUUUCAAUUAAAAAUAGUUGAAGAAAUAUUGGUACUGCAAAACAGUGUUGCAUAGUUUUUCCAGCAUAUUAUUAGUUGAACGGUUUUCUUAAACCUGUUCAGUUAUAUGACAUGUUUUGUUUUCAGAGUUUACAUUAUGUGUAGCAUCAAAGAUUAGUUGAGCAGAAUUGCAGAAAAGUGCUAGAAUCAGGAAAUAGUAGUGCAGGCCUGAAAGUAGAUUUGCAAGCAAUGAAUAAAUGAGUGAGUGAGUGCGUGUGUGCCUGUAUCGGUCAGAAGGGAAAAGACAAGUUACUUAAAAUACAUUAUUCAAAUUCUGUGUCGACAACUGGGUGAUUCUCUGCGAGUCAACUUUGAAUUCCUCACAUGACACUGUUGAAGCAGUCUAAAUGAAAAUAUAUUCCCAUUAAACUGGGCUGAUCUUCUUAGAAUCCAGUACCAUUCUUAACGUGUUAUUCUUACAGAGAUUUCCCACAGCUAUCCAGUUUAAGAAAUUGUAAAAUGUCCUAUAUGGAUUAUCCAAAGUCUUAGGACAAAUUCUAAAACAUAAUUUAUCCUAUUGGAUGUUUUGUAAAGGUGUUUUUUUGUAUUUAUUUACAUGGAAUUUACCAACAGCAGCUUGUUUUAUUUCUUACUUUUCUUAUAACAAGUGUGACGUUGACUGAAGGAUGGUUUGGUUUAAAUUUGUUGAUUCUUGUAGAAACAGAUUCUUGUAGAACAGUGAGUUUUACCAUGAUAUAGUAAUCAUUAUUGUAAUGAAGGUGGUAAAGUGACCCUGUGCCUGAAAAUAACUUGUGACCAAAAGAAUUCUAAAAGUAUAGGAUGACAGUAAAAUAGAUCUGGUCCAAUAAAUUACAGCAAACAUUUUUCAAAGUAAUUAUUUCUAGUCAUUUUGUAUUGAUAUGACACUUUUGAAAUCCGUGUAUUGAUAUGACUUAAGAGUUAAAUUACAUUUUCAGAAACAGUCUCCUAUAUUGCAAAACAUAUUAACAACAAGUAAGUGUGUUUAAGACCCAUUUUGACAUGCAUUGCCUCGUUUACUGUGGUCUAUACGCAAGUUCUUUAGGGACUUUGUCCACCUUUGUCUCUUGUUUAUCCAUAGAGUGAAAAACCACGAUUAGCAGAUGUUUUAGUGAUUCCCAAAUUUAGCAUAAAUCUAAAAUCAGACCAAGGUUGAUGAAGCACCAUUCCUGAUAACACAGAGCUAUGCUUCAUGUGGUCGUGUACAUGGUAUUCUCAAUAUUGGUCUAGAAACCAAACUGCACAGCCUAUUAAAUUUAAUAUAGUAGGUAGAAUGUGCAUGAUGAACACCAAGCAGAAAGUUUGCUAGUAGAGUCAAAAAAUGAUACAGACAAGAAGUCUAACCCUUCCUUCAGACCUCCCACUACAGUUUUGGUUUAUCCUCAAGGAAGAAAUAGAAAAUUAUGGAAAUACUUGGCGAGCCAGUUAGCAUAUGUGGAGAGAGAAACAUAGUUAAAGGUAAAGAUUUACAGAGGGCAGAGAGAUCCCGUAUCGCCUGCCUCCACUCCUGGAAGGGAAACAGUGACGAUUGACAGACGAGUAACAAGCUUGUCCUGCAGCAAGAAAGCACGGUGAGCAGGCCACAUUACGGCAACUUCCAGCCCUUACUUGGGGGAUGUCCCAUCUGCAUAGCUGCUCGCUCUGAAAGCUAAGUGCUGAAGCAGAGCUCCGUGAUGAGCACUGUUAGAUUUGAAAGAAGAACCAUGAAGAAAGCCCACUGGAUCCCAGAUCCAGGUAAGUUAGGCAUGGUGGAAGUGGAAAAUGAAUUUUUAAUGCCUGUGGAAUGGGGUAGGCCUCCUGUCUGUCUGGCCUUGCGGAUGGAUGCGACAUUUCUUCCCACCUUAUUAAAAUUUUCUUUAAAAAUGGGCUGCCACAAUCCCACUCACCUGCUUAUCCCAACUAUUUUAUGUCAUGGGUGGAUAAUAUUGGGAAGAAUUGAUCUUUUAACGAGAUCACUUGACCAUUCAUUAUUUCUUAACAUAAGAAAUAGGAGCAGGAGUAGUCCAUUUGGCCUCUUAAGUCUGCUGCACCAUUCAGUAAGUUCGAGGCUGAUCCAACACAUCCGAGUACACUUUACUGCCCUAAUCCAUGAUUCCCUUACUAAUCAAGAUAUGAUGGGUAAGCUGCUGAUUUCAGGACCCAUUUUCCAUCUGUUAUGGGGAGAACUUGGGAGAAAUGAGAAAAUAGUGGAGCAGCCAUCUGCUCUUCUUUACUUGAAACCCCUGUAUUGGCCAGACUCUCAUUUCAGAUUUGCAAACUCAUGUUGACAUGAAACAUUGAACUGUUUCUCAUUCCACAUCUGCUGCUGAUUUGCUGAGUAUUUCCUGCAUUUUCUGUUUUAUUUCAGAUUUCCAGUAUCUGCAGUUAGCUGUUUUGUGCUGCUUUUUCCUGAGUUAGCCAGUGCUGGCACCAGCUACACUCAAUUUUUUAAAAAAGUACCAUAAUGUAGAGGGCCUAAAAGGAACCACCUGUUAUACUGUAAUCAAUAAGGUUUCAAAUUCUAUUUACAUGUCGAACCAGGAGGAGUAGGAAUUCCAAUUAUGAUCCCAUAUUCAGCACGGAAAGUGAAUUGCCAUUGUUUUCCCAGUCUUUAUCAAUGCUGCUGUCUUCCUUUGCUGGUCGCCAGCAUUAACUCCUACCCUUUAAACCCCUACCUUGACAUUCUUUUUCCCCAAUAUGAUUAACCCAAAUAUUGGGCAGCCUCUCUUGUCACAGCAGGUCAGUCAUUAGUCUUGCUUCACUAUUGACCUGUUUACUUCAUACUGUACAAUAUUAAUGAGACCUGAUGUAGAAUAACAGAUGUGCCUCAGAUUUGAACAUUCAGGUGUAGGGGGUUCAUGUUGUAAAUACCACACACACACACAAAAAAAAACCUGCCACCACCGUGCCCAAAUAUGGUGGACUCAAAUUUCUAGGCUGUGGAUUUUCGGAGUUUUUUUCACCAUUCCUGGCGGAAUACAUUGAAAUGUUAUUUUUGUACACCUGUUAAAUCUAAAAUGUGUGCGUCAAUCCACAGUGGUCAUUCUCCUUACAAUUUCUUAUUACUCAAGGUAAAAGGUGUAUUGUAUUUUCUUUUCCUUGAAAAUAGUAUUAUUUCUGAAAAAGUUCGACAACCCAUAUGAAGUCUUGUGGAGUCAUUUAUCUUUCAAUAUUCAAACAUCAGACCACAUGUUGAAUUCUCCUUUAUUGUUUAAAUCAUAUUAAAGGACUUUGUUGUUCAGAGGAGUUCUAUGGGCUAAACAUUUUCAAAAGUUUGUGGUAAGAGUUUUUUUAUUACAUUGAUUGCCAUCGUGCUACAAAACGUGGAGCAAUGAUCACUUUACGGUUUGCAGGAUUUGAAAAUGUAAAUAUGAUGACAGUAUAGUUUAAAAGGGACAGUGUCUGCCUCGUGGGUCAUUAAACUUGUUUGCUUCUUUUCAAAUAAUGCAAAGAAUCACAAAAGUCGUUAUUAUUCAUUGCUGCACUGUUUUUUAAACAGAUAUGGUGCAUGAAGAAUUGAACAAAAUAACUUAUGGCAACAGUUGGAGUCCAUUACUGUAAAAUUAAUUAUAAUUAUAAACUUUACAUUGUUACCAACUGAAAUGUGCAAAAGAUUUUUCAUAUGUACAGGAAUACAGUAGAUGCUGUAUUGCAGAUGUUCUGAUAAUACUAAAUGAUUCCUUUAUCCCUUUUUCUCAAUUGUGUAAACUCUACAUAAAUGCAUGGGGAAUGAAGUGGUGUCUGAGGAAAAUUCCCCUUUCAAAAUAAACCUUCCCAUUGUACAGGGUGUCUGCUAGUUGGCUCAUGCUGUACUAUAAUGUAAUUUAGGUCAAAUAACCAUGGUGCCCACUCCAGGCAGAUAUUUCUUUUUUAAGUAUGAUGCAUGUGUAUCUGAUGCUGCCUAAUGCUGGCCUACAGGCUAUGCAACCAGUGUCAGAUGAAAUGAGAUAAAAUCUGAUUGUGGCUUGACUAUGCCUGAUAUUAUGUAACAAAGAAUCACGAUGUGCACUCAAAUGCAAGGUACAAUUUUUUAGAACUGUUUUGAUCUCCAUAUGAAAUGUAAUUGUAAACUCUGCGCUGUGCGCAGGUUUAGUUUUAAUAACCUCACCUACUAGAGCUUAGGUUACUAUGGCAACCCACAUGUAAGUUAAUGUAGACACAAGAUAUGAAUAAAAGUGUUGGAA